CCUCGCGGCGGCGGUGCAACAGCGAUUCCGCAGCUCUGCAGAGUCCCCGAUCCCGCGAGUGGGCGCGGCGCGGCGCGGCGCGGCAGGGGCAGCCUUCUGCUGUAGAGAACCCAGCUGUCAGCUGCCUCAGAGGAAGAUGGGCAGCCCUGGCACGGGUGUGCGCGUGGCCAUCGCCCUGGGAGUGCUGUGCUUCUGCCUCACAGGCACCGCCUUGGAGGUCCAGGUCCCUGAAGACCCUGUGGUGGCCCUAGUGGGCACUGACGCCACCCUGCGCUGCUCCUUCUCCCCUGACCCCGGCUUCAGCCUGGAGCAGCUCAACCUCAUCUGGAAGCGGACAGACACCAAGCAGGUGGUGCACAGCUUCGCCGAGGGCCGGGACCAGGGCAGCGCCUAUAGAGUGGUGCUGGGCGCUAAUGGCACCUACAGCUGCCUGGUGCGCAACCCGGUGCUGAAGCAGGACGCUCACGGCUCUGUCACCAUCACAGGACAGCCCAUGACAUUCCCUGCUGAGGCCCUGUGGGUGACCGUGGGGCUCUCUGUCUGUCUCGUUGCACUGCUGGUGGCCCUGGCCUUCAUGUGCUGGAGAAAGAUCAAGCAGAGCUGUGAGGAGGAGAGUGCAGGAGCUGAGGACCAUUAUGGGGAUGGAGAAGGAUCCAAGACAGUUCUGCAGCCUCUGAAACACUCUGAAAACAAAGAAGAUGAUGGACAAGAAAUAGCCUGACCACAAGGAUCCGGGAUCUGCUGCCCCUGCCUUGGGGUCCCACCUACAGCUGCACUGGGGCCUCAGUGUGAGCCCUGGGCUGGGGUUUCCCUGCCCCCCAACAGAUGGUUCCUACCCUGGCGGGUCUACUUAUUCUGCAAAGGACGCCAUACAUAGGUUACUCCACAGCCUUAUUUCUCCAAUGGACAUGACUCCCAGGUCAUCUUGCUGCCUUAUUUCUCCAGUGACACGAUACGUAAAUCAUCCUGCUGCCUUAUUCUUACAGACACAAUACACAGACCACGCCCCACCUUAUUUCUCCAGUGGAUAUGGUACACGGACCACCUGGUUGCCUCUUUUCUCCAGAGGACAGACUAUUCAGACGUCUCCAAAGACAUGACACAAGGUCACCCCUCGCCUUGCUCCUCCAGUGGCCCUGAUAUAUUAGUUGUCACUUUUCAGCCUCUCCCCAGCCUGUAACCUCAUCUUCUCGGAAGCAUCCCUGCAGCCUCGCAUCCCCUUGAGUACCUCGGCAUCUCCUGCUGCCUCCUGCUCUGGCCCCACCUUUGGCCGUGCUGUCCCCCACUCAGUGGAUACAGGUCCCCUCCCCACGCAUGAAGAGACGCGCAGGUGCACGUGCUGGAACACGUACGGACGUCCCCUGUCCUGGUCUCUUCUGUGGUCCCUGGGCCCUGCCCUGUGAGCCCCUCCCCACGGGAACUAUGUGCUGGUCACACCGGGGCCCUGGGGGUCAGCUUCUGUCCCUCUGCUUUUCCUGCCUUUCCUUUUGUUUAUCCAUUCAAGAAAUGUUCACUGAGCACCCAUGGGUGUCAGCACUGAGUUAGGAGCAAGGGACCCUCUGUGAAAAGAUGAGCCGCUCCCUCAAGGAGCUCUCCCUUCAGCUGGAAACCUGUGAGGAAACAGCAGUUCAGGAGGGGAGCUUCUGUCUUGCUUCCUACUGUACCCCUCUUCUGUACCCACAGCUCCCUGGGUACACCUCCAUCCUUCCUCUAGGCCUUCCCCAGAGCGGUGGGGGAGGGGCGGGGCAGGGGCAGAAACGAGAGAGGGAUGGAGCCUCUCACCACAACUGGAAAAGAUGAUGGUUCCAGGGUGAGUAGGUGGGCAGGCAGCCCAGGCCCAGCAGGUCCCUAGAGCCCAGCACAGGGGAAGCCUGGAGCCUCUGGGGGCAGGGACACAGCCUCUCCUCCCCACCAUGGUGCUAUUCUGGGCCAGGCAGACCCUUCCGGCCCUGGUUCUGGCCGGCCCCCAGCCUCCGUGGAGUAAACUUCUGAUGUUCUGAUGUCCUCCCAUUAACAGAUCUCCCUGCACCAGCAAGAGAAGUCAUGGGGAUUUCUAAUUUAAAUAUGGAACUCUGAGGAGUUUUGUUAACUGGGGGUGUAUUUGGGGAAAAAUAAAUGCCUUUGUGGAAAGCUU